AUGGUCAUUUUGGGGUUCUUCGCAUGGGAACAGAUGGUGUUUCCUUACCGAGAGGACUUCUACUCCUUCUUUGCACCCUCAAUGACGGCAUUUAUGGCUGCAGGCAUCGUGUUCAUCGUAUACGUACAGCGCAGAGCGAUUGCGACGCCCUACCAGGUGCUUAUGUUCGAGGCUGCAAAAUCGGUGCUUGCAACGGGACUGUGGCUUUGGCUUAUCUUGGAUUCUGCAUUCGGCCCAUGGCGUGUCCAGCAUCAUGACCAUGCCCCUGACACAUACGUGGAUCCAGACUAUGUCAAGAGACGAGUUCAGCAUGAUGCGCUUGCAAGUCUGCUACUGAUUGUAUUCUUCUAUCCACCGCUUGGGUACUCGUAUAUUGUUUGGAGGACGAAGAGCAGCCAUGGAGGCGGCGAGGGUGAAGAGAGGUUGGAUCGGGAAGAGAGGGCUCCACUGCUUUCGCGAACGAGUGGGAGAGUCUUGGGUUAG